UUGGAGAGUGUAGGUGUACCAAUUUGCCAGCACCAUAUUUUCAGACCGAACUCAACACUCGCAGCACCGCCAUGAGUGCCGCCACUUCCUCCACCCUCUCCACCGUCACCGAUGCCAAUCUUCACUCCAGAUUUCAUUCUCGUCUUGUUCCAUUCACUCAUCAUUUCUCACUUUCUCAACCCAAACGGAUUUCUUCAAUCAGAUGCCAAUCAAUUAAUACCGAUAAGAAGAAAUCAAGUAGAAAUCUGCUGGACAAUGCAAGUAACCUCCUCACGGACUUAUUAAGUGGUGGAAGUAUAGGGUCUAUGCCCAUAGCUGAAGGUGCAGUCUCAGAUCUGCUUGGUCGACCUCUCUUUUUCUCACUGUAUGAUUGGUUCUUGGAGCAUGGUGCGGUGUAUAAACUUGCCUUUGGACCAAAAGCAUUUGUUGUUGUAUCAGAUCCCAUAGUUGCUAGACAUAUUCUGCGAGAAAAUGCAUUUUCUUAUGACAAGGGAGUACUUGCUGAUAUCCUUGAACCAAUAAUGGGCAAAGGACUCAUACCAGCAGACCUUGAUACUUGGAAGCAAAGGAGAAGAGUCAUUGCUCCGGCUUUCCAUAACUCAUACUUGGAAGCUAUGGUUAAAAUAUUCACAACUUGUUCAGAAAGAACAAUAUUGAAGUUUAAUAAGCUUCUUGAAGGAGAGGGUUAUGAUGGACCUGACUCAAUUGAAUUGGAUCUUGAGGCAGAGUUUUCUAGUUUGGCUCUUGAUAUUAUUGGGCUUGGUGUGUUCAACUAUGACUUUGGUUCUGUCACCAAAGAAUCUCCAGUUAUUAAGGCAGUCUAUGGCACUCUUUUUGAAGCUGAACACAGAUCCACUUUCUACAUUCCAUAUUGGAAAAUUCCAUUGGCAAGGUGGAUAGUCCCAAGGCAAAGAAAGUUUCAGGAUGACCUAAAGGUCAUCAAUACUUGUCUUGACGGACUUAUCAGAAAUGCAAAAGAGAGCAGACAGGAAACAGAUGUUGAGAAAUUGCAGCAGAGGGAUUACUUAAAUUUGAAGGAUGCAAGUCUUCUGCGUUUCCUGGUUGAUAUGCGGGGAGCUGAUGUUGAUGAUCGUCAGUUGAGGGAUGAUUUAAUGACAAUGCUUAUUGCCGGUCAUGAAACAACGGCUGCAGUUCUUACUUGGGCAGUUUUCCUCCUAGCUCAAAAUCCUAGCAAAAUGAAGAAGGCUCAAGCAGAGGUAGAUUUGGUGCUGGGUACGGGGAGGCCAACUUUUGAAUCACUUAAGGAAUUGCAGUACAUUAGAUUGAUUGUUGUGGAGGCUCUUCGUUUAUACCCCCAACCACCUUUGCUGAUUAGACGUUCACUCAAAUCUGAUGUUUUACCAGGUGGGCACAAAGGUGAAAAAGAUGGUUAUGCAAUUCCUGCUGGGACUGAUGUCUUCAUUUCUGUAUAUAAUCUCCAUAGAUCUCCAUAUUUUUGGGACCGCCCUGAUGACUUCGAACCAGAGAGAUUUCUUGUGCAAAACAAGAAUGAAGAAAUUGAAGGAUGGGCUGGUCUUGAUCCAUCUCGAAGUCCCGGAGCCUUGUAUCCGAACGAGGUUAUAUCGGAUUUUGCAUUCUUACCUUUUGGUGGCGGACCACGAAAAUGUGUUGGGGACCAAUUUGCUCUGAUGGAGUCCACUGUAGCGUUGACUAUGCUGCUCCAGAAUUUUGACGUGGAACUAAAAGGGACCCCUGAAUCGGUGGAACUAGUUACUGGGGCAACUAUUCAUACCAAAAAUGGAAUGUGGUGCAGAUUGAAGAAGAGAUCUAAUUUACGUUGACAUAUGUACUGUGGCCAUUUUUCUUAUACAGAAUAAUGUAUAUUAUUAUUCUUUGAGAAUAAUAUGAAUAAAUUCCUAGACUCCUCUCUUUGAGAAUUUAUUUUCUUUUUGGUUA